AUGGUUAAAUUCAAAUGCAAUGAUCGUGAUAGGGUGAGGGCAGUGUGUGCAGGGAAUUGUAACUGGCUUAGAGAUAUGCUACUUAACUAUCUAGACAGCAUAAUUGGGAUAUGGGAACUUUUAAGCAGCAGGCCAGUGAUAGGAUUUGAUGCUUGCCAUAUAAAAGGUCAUCACCCUGGACAAUUGUUAUCUGCUGUUGGUGUGGAUCAUAACAAUGGCAUGUAUCCGAUUGCGUAUGCAGUGGCUGAGAGGAUCUUGGAAUCGAAACAGCACAGGAGACAUCCUUAUCACAGACAAGCAAAAGGCUUGAUUGAUGCAGUACAUGAUAAUUUUCCAAUCGCUGAGCAUAAACAAUGCCUCAACCACUUAGUGCCAGUUUGGCAUUGCUUAUUUGGGGUGAUAAGUGAUUUUUAA